GCUAGAACAACACACAUACACACAGCCGGUAUGCACCUGCCCAGGCGCCAGUGAUCAGUUUCGAGUUUGAGGAGUUGUGAGGAGUGGGACAGGGGCCUCUGACAGCUCUAGUUCGCCGGAGACAGGGCAGCGGGCGCGAUGGCGACCACUAUGGAUGUGGACAGGCCGGCUGUGGCCCCUGCCGCCAAGGCGGGCUAUCCGCUACCUUGGGUUGAAAAGUACCGCCCCACCCGCAUCAAGGACAUUGUGGGCAACGUGGAGGCAGUGUCGCGGCUGCAGAUCAUUGCAGAAGAGGGCAACAUGCCAAACAUCAUCCUGGCGGGCCCACCCGGAACUGGCAAGACCACGAGCAUCCUGUGCCUGGCGCACGAGCUGCUGGGACCCAACUUCCGCGAGGCCGUGCUGGAGCUGAAUGCCUCUGACGACCGUGGCAUUGAUGUGGUCCGGAACAAGAUCAAGAUGUUUGCGCAGCAGAAGGUCACGCUGCCGCUUGGCCGCCACAAGAUAGUCAUCCUGGAUGAAGCAGACAGCAUGACUUCGGGUGCGCAGCAGGCAUUGCGUCGCACCAUGGAGAUCUACUCCUCCACCACACGCUUCGCGCUGGCUUGCAACCAGUCGUCCAAAAUCAUCGAGCCCAUACAGAGCCGCUGCGCCAUCGUCAGGUACAGCAAGCUGAGUGACAAGGAGCUGCUGCAGCGCCUGCUGCAUGUGUGCCAGGAGGAGGGUGUCGCACACACGCCCGAUGGCCUGGAGGCUGUGGUGUUUACGGCAGAUGGAGACAUGCGGCAGGCGCUGAACAACGUGCAGGCCACUGCCAAUGGCUUUGGCCUGGUCAGCCAAGACCACGUGUUCCGAGUGUGCGAUCAGCCGCACCCUGUGCUGGUCAGCAGCGUUGUGCGGCACUGCCUGGAUGCGCGCAUCGACGACGCAUAUGAGGGGUUGCGGGCGCUAUGCGACAUGGGUUAUAGCGCCAGCGACAUCAUUACCAUCCUGUUUCGCGUGGUGCGCAACUUCACGGGCAUGAAUGAAUACCUCAAGCUAGAGUACAUCAAGCAAAUUGGCUUUUGUCACAUGCGGGUGGGCGACGGCGUCAACUCGCGGCUGCAGCUCUCUGGCCUGCUGGCAGAGUUGUGCAAGCUGACGAUGCGCGCUGCUGCCUAGCAGGAGCCCGGAGCCCAUCCUGGUGGAAGCAUGUUGGAGAUGUGCUGCCCACAAGUGUAAGCCUCGAUUCCG